UAAAAACGAAAACAACGUACCAUCAAAUUAUUCAAACAACUACACCAUAUAAAAACGCACUUGCUAUUUAAUACCACACAGUAUGACAUUUUUAGUCUCAUAAAAGCUCAAUUUUUUAGACUCAUUCAAGCUUAAACGGAAAAAUAUUGUUCAUUUUGAAGCUCUUUUGUCUGAAGCUUCAAUAAAAAAAAGCUUUUGAGAGAAAUCAGCUUUUAAUUGGACUUUACUUCCCUAAAAUUUAAGCAAUCGGUGGGAAUCAUCUUUUUAUUGACAAAGAUUUGUCUAUCAUAAUAACAUCCAAUUCCAGCUAAACUAGUGCAAAUUUAAUACUGGUUCCAAAAACAAACGGAAAAAAAUAUUUAGAAGAAUUCAAAAUGUCUGACGACGGAAAUAAUUCGGACUGGGACGAGGUCGAAAACCGAAGAUCAGGAGUCGCGAGUCCUAUUUAUGAAGUACAAGCGAACUCAGACGACGAUCAGUUAGCCGAAAUCGAGCUGGUCGGAGAUCGAAAACCAAAUGGCGUAGAUACGGCUCAAAAUCCGAAUGAAAACCCGAGAUCGACCGACGAACCGGACCAAGGAGACGAAGCUGCUUACGAGUACGAAGUUGAGGAAGACUUUCAAGAAAACACCGACAGAUCGGAAGAAUCGAACUACGAAGAGGAUAACGAAGUCGCUGAGAAUCGAUACGACUCACAAAACGAGCAGCAAAACAGCGAUGAUGAUCACAGUCGAAACGAUGACAUGCCGAACGGCGGAGAAUAUUACGAAACCGAUGAGCGAUCGGAACCGAACGAAGCCAAUGAAGUGGAAGGCGAGUAUGACGUUAUAGGUCAUAAUGCUGCAGUUAGUGCUACCGGUGACGUAACUGCUACCAGAAAUGACGUAAUUGAAGAUCAAACUAACGGAGAGGAGAUGAUAGUCGUGGAAACGCGUGGAAAGCCGACUCUGUUCGCGGAGAGAGAAGACGACGAUGAAAUUGGGUUCCAAUUUGUACGAACUCUGGAGAGCGCUCCUCCACAAAAGAGGGAUGCGAAAGUAGAUCCACACGCCCCUAAUCAUAGUGACGAAGAGAUAGUCGUUGAGAGGAGGGACAAAAAGGAGGUCGACUUGGGGUGUCCGAGGGAGCACAAGAGCCCGAAGGAGAGAUCACACAAGAGUUCUGACCACGUGCAAGCAGUGAGGAGGCAAUCAAGUGUGCCCAAAUUUGAGGACCCUCCAGACGAAGAGGAAUUGCACUUCAUGUCUCCCGUUGAAGGUGACAACGACAACUCCGCUCCCCACAAGGAUUCGAAGAGUAACAAGCUCGGUUCCAAGCCCACUAGACGCGCAUUCACUCGAAGCAAAACUGUUCCAACUAUCCCGACAACCUCCAAUUCUGUGGACCAGAAACCGGCACUGAAGAAAGCUGAACCCAAAAAUUACAGUGAAAAACCCUCGAAAGUACUAGACAGCAAAGAUAGCAGGGGUGUCAAAUCUUCUUUACUCAACUCUAACGACAAUCGACGUCAGAUGAAACGCCAGACGUACCUGGAUUCACAGACGCAUCAGGACACACAGCUGUUCAUAAACAGUCACGUGAUUCACUUGACCUCCCCCAUGACUCCCGAGAAGAUCGAACGCGAGGAGCUUCUAAACAGGCACUACGGUCCUAAGCCCAAAAUAAAUUUCUUAGACGACUUCGAUGAUGACUCCGUUGCCAAUUCAUGUCGCCAUAAACCGUACAAGUUUCCUAGCACACUGAAAAGCAGCGUUUCCAAGCCAGAACUCGAGAAGUUGACGCGUGAUCCCGACGAGGUGGAAACCCCUCGAGCGACUUCGCCUGUCAGAGUUCCCAGGAUCCCUUACAUACCACGCAGGCACCUACCAUACCCAUUGCUAUAUCCGUAUAGAAACUACUACUCGUUUGAGAAGUACCUCGACAACAUCGAUUUCGAGAUGCGCGCAUUCGAACGGGAGCUUGACUGGAUUAAAUUCCGAAGGCCGCUUUACUAUGUUAGUCCUCUGAGAUUGUCGAAGUUUUAUGAAGCGAUGGAAAACUUUGAAGGCGUAUCCAAGACUCUGAAAGAAGAGAAGCCUAUUCUAGUCCCACCGCCCCCUCCAAAACCUGAAGUGACUUACCCUAGAUUCAAAACAACGACAAUGUGUCCGGAGAGUCUGUUGGACGUGGAGCGCAGAAUAGACCGACUGAACGACAGAGCUCACUCUCUCAACACCACCAUCAGACACCUCCGAUCUGUGUGGGACUACUAGAGAGUCAGAAGCGACAAAACGCAACUAUCAAUGAUGUUUAUUUGUAAAAUCUGAUGACCAAUAUCAACAAUACUCGGCCUGCAAAUUUCAUACAUCGAUGCUUUAGUACUAAAUUCAAUCAAUCCAAUUCAUUUGUUGUUACAGAA